AUGUCUUCGACAACCACUACUUCGUCUCCCAGUGCAACCAACACUGAUCAUACUGCGACCAGUAACAAUAACAGCCCUACAAGCUCACCGUUGCUAUUCUUUGUUGCACUUGGUUUUGGUGUUGUCUUUACAAAUCUAUGGAUCAUCGUUGGAGUGAAGUAUUGUUUCCGAUAUAACCAGCGGAAUCGACAAAUUCGCGGUGAAGAAUCAGGGGAACCCAUAGAUCUACUAGCCAUGCCUCGAACACAUCGGCGACGGCGCGAAAAGAAGUUGAUGAGUAUGGACGAGGUUAACGAGCGUUUCCCACUCGUCAAAUACAAAGCUUGGCGCUCUUCCCGCGCCGACGAAGGUCUCUCUACUGCCGGUGGUAUUGCAGCCUCCGUUGCCGGUGAUUAUAACCUCGAGGAUGGCCAUGGCCGUUUUACCAGAUCUUUUGCCGCGCCUGCCGCGCCAACAUCACAGCUGAACGAUAAUUUACAGCUUGAAUCCGCUGACGACAUCGGAAACCAAAUACGUACGGCCAUUCCCGCCGAACUUCUAGCUAAUCCGGGUGACACCUGUGCUAUAUGUCUUGAUUCUAUUGAAGACGAUGAUGACAUACGCGGGCUCACCUGUGGCCACGCCUUUCAUGCUUCAUGCGUCGACCCUUGGCUAACAGGUAGAAGAGCUUGUUGUCCACUUUGCAAGGCGGAUUACUAUGUUCCGAAGCCACGUGCAGAAACCCGUGAAACUGCCACCAACCAAGAACGCACCGACCGCCGUCUCAUUGUA